AUGGCAAGCGUGUUUUACUCGAGAUGCAAGAAGGAGAAGUUAUUGACGUUGACAAAAUACGAGUACUGGAUAUUCUGGUUUGACGACGAGAUAGACACAGGUGGCGAGCUCAACACCGAUGCGGCCGGGACACGCCACAUUUGUGAUUUGACACUCCAAUGUGUCGAACACUGCCUCCACCCUGAUCCUGCGAAAGCAUGCUCCACCCCGCCAGUUGACUCUCCAGGGACUGUAGCAGUACUGUACGAAGUGCUCACAGCCAUGAGACAGGAAAUGGGCCCAAUGUCGAUCGAGCGAAUGCGGAGGGAGCUGCACGAAUACGUCGAAGGUGUAGCCUGGCAGCAAGUGGUGAGGCAGGACGAGCACUUACCCGAUCCUUGGUAUCAUUUUGAAAGUAGGAUCGCCGACAUUGGUGUCUAUCCUUCCAUUACUCAAACCGAGUUCGCGAUGGAUUUCGAGCUGCCAGACUCCACCAGAUACCAUGAAGCAAUGAAGACAAUUGCGACGGAGUGUAUGAGAUUGUCCAUUUUGAUUAAUGAAAUCCUGAGUGUGCAAAAGUAA